CGCGCUCACGCCUACCACUAGGUCGCCAUUGCAGUUAUGGAGCGGUACCUAGAGUGUGAAUAGAUGGCACAUACCCUUGGUUGCCUCAGCCUUCGACUGGACAUGGUACUUUCGCUACCACGAAAUUUGUGCGGAGCCACAUGGACUCGCACACACCUGAAAGAAUCUCAGUGUCUCAUGUAGCUUCACACCUACAUUCACCUCACGCCUCCCUCAGCAAUCAUGUCUGAGCUCGAAUCCUCCGUUUCGUGGGCUGAGAGAUGUUACAAGAUCAAUGCGAAGAGAAGCCCACUAUACGCCCUUCCCUACGAGGUCCUAGCCCAUAUACGGGGGUACUUGGAUCACACCGAGAAGAUUUGCUUCGUACUGUCAGGUGCAAAGUUAAUCGAAACUUUCCCAUUCAUCACUGUUCAAGAAGAUAAAGUCGGCGAUAUCAGGAUCGGCGUCUAUGUUCGGCUCCUGAGAGACGAUUUCUACAAAGAAGCUCACAAAGAAUCUGGAACCUGGUGCGUCUAUUGUGCAGAUGUCCACGAAGAUCCGCGCUUCGUCGGGAAGAUGCUCUGUUACCUACCACGGGAUCGGAGGUGUUCCCCUACACUCAAGCUCUGCUCACACUGGUCUUAUUCUCUGGAAUCUCCGAAGGCUAAUGUAGCAAGAGCUGCGUCUUUCAGAGGUAGACAAGCGAUGCACCUUGGUCUCAGGUACUAUACUUGUGAAACAGGUUUGGAGGAAAGCCGCAUAUACUCGAACGGUCGUCGCGUUACAUACGAUCGGAUCAGUGGAGACUACAUCCUGAGAAGUCUCAUAGUCAUCGACUUUGCGAAAGUAGAAGCCUCGGACUUAUAUACAAAAGCUCGUGCAGACCUACAAGCCCUCGAUUUCACAGCAUGUCUACAUAUGCGAACCUCAGAGGAAAGCACCAUAAAAUCGUCUUGUCGAUGCAGAGACCGGAGCCUUCAAAGCAGAAAAGCUGCAUGAAGUCUACCGCGUACAUUGCGAGCACUGUAAGACGAUGGCACGAACUAAAGCCGUCAGCAUCCGGGGCACUACAGGUUUCUACCGACCAGACAAGAGCUCAGGACUGAGGAUAGAUAUUCUACGCAACUUAAGCAAAUUGACAAACGAAGACAAUCCGAUAUGGAGAGCGCAUCUCCAAGAGCGGCAAUUGAAAGUCACGAAGGACCAAGGCGAUCUGAUUCGGCUUGAACUGGGCUGGAUACUACAAUGAGAGAGAGAGAGU